ACAGAGCUUUAGUGUCACAUGAGUGAAAAAUUUUCUUGAAAAGGCCCGUGAGUGAAACAAUGCCUUCUUAUACAUCAAUCAUUUCUGAAUGAAUUGUAACGUGCUGUGAGGUCGAGUCGGUCUUGAAAUGUUCAGGAAGGUUUUCCAUACAAGAAUUGAUGUACUUGCACCAGUUGUGAUUCAAUUCAAUGCGAUUAGUAUCAAGUUUAAAGUAAUAAAAGGAUGGGGGUGUGUUUAGACAGGCAAUUUAUUACUUAUGGGCAACCAGAAAAAAGACGUAUUUGCUGCUGUUCGCCCAACCAAGGUAGCAACAUGCAUAAUUUACUACAUGGUUGAUGUUGAUUUAUUCAUCAAGAGCAGGGGCGGCGCCAGCCCCAAAAUGAGGGUUGACAAUGAAGGGGAAGAGCUGAUAAAGGGGUGCAAUUUGUUUAUCCUGCUUAUAAAAUGUUUGGGUACAGAUUUUAAAGUUAAUUAUUGCUAAAAACCUUUAACAAAGAAGGAAAGCAAUAACCACACUCUAAGAACCAACUGUUUAGCACGAUAAAGCUGUGUUUUAUAGAUCAGUCUCGUUAUAGUUUCUCACUAUUUAUGGAACUGAUGAUCCAACACGCCUGUGACCAUUCUCUUUUUCAGCUAAGAUCUGAAGAAAAAUCGUAAAUGACCCUCAAAAUAGACAAAGAAGAUUCGAUCCCAAAGAAGAAAACUUACAUCCCCCUUAUGUUUUUAGUCUAGUUUUUGAAUGUUAGAAAAUCUAUCUUAAAAAAAGUGGGGUGGACAUGUCCACCCCAGUCCACCCCGUGGCGCCGCCCCUGAUCAAGAGAAUGUUACUUUCAAUAUCAGGGAAAAUGGUUUAAUUUGUAAAAACCCAAUUCAAGAUAAAGUUUACAAUCGAGUUGAUCGGCGUAGGAGACAUAGGGGCUGGGUGGCUGCAGCAAUCAGUCAAAAUUUCUCGAAUUUCGAAUUUAAUUGCAGGCCCAUCCGUGCAAUCUAUAAAAGUCUCCCUGAAAGUUUAGCCUCCGCUGCGCCCAUGGUUGAGUUAGGUUCAGAAGUGGAAAUUGAGGCUUCAUGUUUUACUUAUUUUCAUCUUCAGUUCUGUUCUCCAAGUAUUCGUUUAUUUUGUUUAUCAAUAGCAGGUAUUACAAUUCUAAAUUAAAUCAAAUUUUAAAGGUUGCUCAGAAAUUUUGCUAGGAAAUUAAUCAGGGAGCCGGUAGAUUGCUAUUUUGGAGAUAUAGGUAGGCCUAAUGUUGCAAAGAAAGCGUGUUAAACCAGUGGUCGAUUGAUUGGCUGGCUACUGAUGUCAUUUAGAAGAAGAUACUAAGGAUUUCUGACUGUUUACGAAAUUUGAACUAUUAUGACUCUUCUUGUAUUGUUCAGGCCUGAAACUGCAUUUUUUUCGUAAAUAAGAGCAAUUAGGAGAAUAAUUAAUAGGUAUUUCAUGACCGCACUGCUCAUUUUUCGCAUCUGAAUUUUUCACUUUUUUGUACAAUCAAGGAAACGUAUCUUGCACAGUAUAAAAUGACCAGUCCGUGGGAGACGAGUAACGACGACAUGUUUUUAAUAAUCAAGUAAAGUAUGAGAGGACAUGUUUAAAUGUAGAGAUUUUUCUUUAUUGUAAACAAUGUCAGCUGCAGCAAUCAAACGUACACAUGAAUAUUUUUCAUACAAUAUUACUUUCAUUCUCUUCCUGGAUCUAUGCUAUCGCCAUUUCUCUUUUGUCUUAUGACAUUUUCCUUAUUAUGGAAUUUAAAAGCUACCACUAGUGCGUGUGCUAUGGCGUCAUGUGUAUUGUGGUAAGGUGAUUUGUUUUUUAUUGUCCGGGGAUGUGGAAAACACCAUGUAACAAAAAAGAGGGAAAAAUUAAAAAAUGGUUACUUCUUAGAAAAGGGCAUUUUUUCCAAAAGUUGGGGGCACGUAACCCUGCAGCAUCGCGGCUCUUAUGUCUCUGAAAUUGUGAAUAAGUUUGUCGAAAAGCUGAAUACAAAAAGAUUUUAUGAAAAGAUCACAUAGCUAUCUUGACUCUCGAUUUAAUGACAGAUACUCUUGAGUCGAAACGUUGCCGUCCAGUCCUUUCAGUUGCGAUAAGGCCCGAAUGCAGAAGCGGUCAACAAUGGUUAAGAAAACGUGCAUGCAUCUGCUGGAUGCCAUUAAAUUGCAGUUUAUGGUAUUUGUAUUCAUCAGCUGAUAUGUUGCUUGCAUUUUUGUACUGUAAUCGCAAUGGCUUUGUAGUUACAGAAGAAUGCUGGAUGAUUGUAUUCUAAGUCAUCAUUGGCAAAGGCAAAGACAAUGUUUCACGGAAAGUUUGAAAGGUGUUUCGUCAAAUUGGCCACCAGUUGUACAAUGUUCUUCACAGCAAGUUGCCAUUCAUAAAUUAUGAAAAUCUAUUGAUAUAAUUUAGGAGAGCAAAUGAUUGCUAUCUCAAUUUUGAACGUCCACUGAACUGGUCAGUCAACAAGCAUCUUUGGGGUCGUCAAACCUGGAAGAUUUAUAUUUGACCUAAUUUGUCUAUGUACAGAAAGCGCUGUGUUGUUUGUAGAAACAAUCUAGAUUCCUUGAAAGCAAUUGCUCCAUAAACGCAGCAAAAGGAUUUUGAGAUUCCAUUCUAUUGUUGAUUUUGGCGGUAUAAGUGACUCAGUGGCCAAAGAAAAAUGCUACCACGGUCAGAGUGGAAAUAAAGAAAACAAGCGUCGUCUGUGCUACAGUUUACAUUUUUGACGUCUUCGGACCUGUUUUGUUAUUUGUGUGGAUUUUGUUUGCGUCGUAGACUACCAUUGACGCUGCAAGUAUCGCAUACAGUUUUAGGGAGCGCCAUCUAUACCUCAUUGGUGCAUUUACUUUGCAAAUCGAAAACGAGAGGAAAAUGGACAAAAAGGCAGCUAAGCCACUCAUGCUUGGGGAUUCAUUCGGCAGCCCAAUUUAAAUGAAGGAGGAAAGUCAAUCCUGAAAGAGGUUACCGUUUACUUGGAGCCAACUUGCAAGCCCUCUAAGUGCCGGUUGUGGAUCGUUUUUUUCGCGUGUUGUACACUUCAUUUCAUGGUUUUUGGAAUGCAUUAUUCGUUUGGAGCGAUGUUUCCACAGCUCUUAAAAACUUUCAAUGCUGGCCAAGGUCAAACAGCAUGGGUUGGAUCGCUGGCAUCAGCUUCGCUGUUUUUCUUCUCAAUGCUUUCGGUCAAGCUCUGUGACGUCACAUGUGUAUCGUUCACAUGUUUGCUUGGAUCAAUUCUGGGAGGCACCGGACUUAUACUGACAUCAACAGCCGGUUCACUUGAAACGCUAUACGCAACGCACAGUUUCUUGUUCGGCCUAGGCACGAGUUUGAUGUAUACUCCAUCGCUUGUUAUCGUUGCCAGAUGGUACGACCAAUGGCGGUCGAUUGCCACCGGAUUCGUAGUGGCUUCUGGCAGUCUCGGUCAGGUUGUGCUGUCACCCUUGCUACAUUUCCUUAUGGAAUCUUACGGGGUCUUAGAUACUUUUCGCUGGUGGGGCGUAAUCUUCAUGGUAACAACUGUAUUGAGUUCGACUUCGUUCUAUUUACUUGAUAGAAGGGAUUCUAAAGAGUCAACGAAACAAUCAGGAAUUUCGAAAUACUCUAUUAAAUGGACAUUGCUGCGCGACAAAGCGUAUGUCACGUGGCUGAUAAUCAUGAUGAUUUGCAAUUUCACGUAUUACAUUCCGCUGAUACACUUGUCCAAAUACGCAGUGGAGCUUGGAGCGCAACCUCAGGCAUCCAGCCUUCUUCUCGCAGCCAUAGCAGCAAGUGCAAUGAUAGGCCGUGUCUUCUUUGGGAAAAUUUCCAAUUUCCGACCAGAGAUUACAAUACCUUUGUACCAAUUUGCCAUGUUUUUCAGUGGAGUUAUAACCCUUUUUUCGUCAAUGGCAACAAAAUUUUGGCAUUUAUUGUUGUACUCAAUAUUAUAUGGCUUUCUUGAUGGUUCGUUUAUUGGUCUAAUUUCAAUUGUGACAAUGCAGAUCGUUGGUUUGGAUGACUUAGCGCAAGGCUGGGGAAUCGUGCUCUUUUCCAUUGCAGCACCGAUCGCUUUAGGCCCACCAACGGUUGGUUGGAUGAAUGAAAGCAACAGUGUGGAAGGGAGAGCGUUAUUUUACUUGUCGGGCGUUCCCAUGAUAGCAGGUGCCUGCCUCAUGUUCCUUGUUCGAUUGUGGCAGAAGAACAAAAAGAAAGACAUAUGUAAUAAUGACCUGGUAGAAGAAGAACAAAAUACUAUGUACCAAUUCAUCACAUCGUUAUGAUUUCCUGAAGGCUCCGGGAAGUCAUAAUUGAAUUUAUUUCUUAAAGGUCUAAGUAUGUGUAUUGCUUAAUUCAUUAAUGGAAAGUGGUUUAGCUAAAGAUAUCUUCAUUCAGUGCGUAAUAUUGAUUCUUUUUAGACGAAGCGUGUUUGUUACAAUUUGGCACCGAGUAAAUAUAGGGCUGAAUUUACCUGGCGUUACCUCCACAAAACUACCUCUGCAAUCUUGCUAAAGGUACAGACUGCUUAAAAGUGCAUUAUAUUUAAUCAAUUUUAUAACUCUUUAAUUUGAAGCAUCAAAGCAAGUUUAAAAGGGGUUAGUUGUGCAAGGUUAAUUGUAGGCAUAACCUUCUAGAACUCGUCAAAAUUCACUUGGAAAGUUUUUUCUGGCAAGUGCCUGGUUAAAUCCUUCGAGCUUUCACAGGCUUUCUGGGACGUUAACCACUGGCUGUUUCAAAGAAUCUUUCCACUAUGCUACAGGUCUCUUAACUGAACUUAAGUAAACUGAUAAGCUUGUUCAAUGAAAUGGGAUUUACCCUCGUUGGUCAUUAAAGAGUUUUUGAGAGCGACCCACUGAUUGCUCCCUUGUUACCCUAAAGUGGUUAUAAGAGCUAAAUAUGCUACGAGGAACAUUUUUCGAGGUUUACAGCAAAUUAAAAGUUGAGAUUCAGCAAUAUCUGUAGCUGGGAAAUUUUCCGUUGGCUAUUCUGAAGCCUGGGAGCACACGCAGUUUAAAUCUUUGACGUUUAAUUUGUAUAUAAAAAAUGUAAAAAGACAUACGUAUUUUGUAAUUUAAUGUCGUCUAUUGUAAGUCCUGUCACUGAACUGUGCUGUUAGCUAAAUUGAAUUAGUCAUGAGUUGCAUAAUUAAACUAGGAAUAAUCUUCUGAGGAAUGGCUUUUUUUAUUUACGGUAGAAAGGGAAUUUGGGGGUGCAAUCCAUUGUCAAACAUUGCUCUCUCUCUCUCGAUGAUAGCUACUGAAAGGUCUUAAAGCCAAUUUAGUAUUUAUGUACAAAGCUUUGAAAAUUUUAAAGAGAUUUUAACAAGUCAGGGGAUCUUUAAAAAUCAAAAGAACAUUGCAACUAGAUGACCAGACAACCCCCUGUAUCACAGCUCCCCCACCCUAGACCAGAUCCGACUUUCAUCAUGACGCCUACCCUUUUGGGGUUAAACCUCUUGAGAUUAGUCCUAAUGGCUGUGAGUGUUGAAGUUUCGUGUAACGAUUUUUUUGCCCUUUUCAUGCUACUCUAAUUUGUUAUGUUAUAGGUACUCAUGUACACUCUGCUACGUUACAACUACAAGUCAAUAAUUUUUAGAAGCUCAUGAUAUCUUCUAAAAUCAUUUCCUUCUUUUGGUUGUCAAGUGUAGUUAAUGAAAAUGAGAAAGUGGGUUACAAUCAUCAGGUUGUUGGAACGAAAGUUGAGCUUUUUUGUUGUGAGGCAAGCACACUGCACUGUCAGAGUUUAUCGAUCAAGUUCAUUUCCCUUCUCUUUAUUAUUUCUUUUUCUUUUUAUUUCCUAUACAGUUAUUAGGUUGAUGCUUUGUGCCGUGUCAAAUUUGAGCCUUGUUUUUUGCCACAGGUAUCCAAUAUUUUCGAAGUGAAUCAGGGCUAUAGAUAUUUUGAAAAAAAUUAAACUGGUAAAGUUUUAUGUAAGAAAAUUUUUCAUAGAAAAGAAUGUGACGAUGUUUUGA